UUGGGGGAGUUGUGGGAGUGUGACGCUACAACCACCUUAUAAAGGGACUCACCGUGUGUCUUGAAAUUAGAGCACGUUGCCUAAAUUUGAGGUCUCCACACAGUCACUGAAAAGCAGCUGUCAUGCAUUCGUUGAAGUUGGACCACAUGCUUCAUAUGACCGAGACGCCGCUCUUCUGGGUCGGGACAUUCACCGUGGCAUCACUGUCUUUAUGGGUGCUCCACCGACUCCUUCAGGGUUUUCGGAUUUGGGUCUUGGGAAAUGGACAGUUGCUCUCUCCGAAAUUGGGCAAAUGUUGUGACUGGAGCCACAGAUGGAAUCGGGAAUGUCUAUGCAGAGAAGAGGAGCAAUACAAGGUGGAGACCAAGACCAUCGCUGUGGACUUUGGUCUGUCGGACAUCUACCCCAAGAUCGAAGCUGGACUGGCAGGCCUGGAGAUGGGAGUGUUGGUGAACAAUGUUGGAAUCUCCUAUCCCUACCCUGAAUACUUCCUGCAUAUUCCUGACCUGGACAACUUCAUCACCAACAUGAUCUCUGUUUGCCAGAUGACCCGUCUUGUCUUGCCCAGAAUGGUUCAGAGGUCCAAAGGUGUGGUCCUCAACAUCUCUGCUAGUGGCAUGUACCCUGUCCCACUCCUCACUGUAUACUCCUCUUCCAAGGCAAGGGCCACUCAUAGACCUCUAUAUACAGACCUGCACCACCCGCAGACCGACAGAUACAACACGUGUUUAUAAAAUGUUCCAUAGUAGGAUUUGUUACAUAUAGCGAAACCUUUUGGUUCUCCAGCUGUAGUUCAGUAGGGGGCGCUCUCUCUCAUAUUCUAAGGGAUUUAUUGGCAUGGGGAAACGUAUGUUUACAAAGCAAAUUAUAAACAAUCAGUAAACAUUUACACUCAGUUUUAAAAGAAUAUAGACAUUUCAAAUGCUAUAUUAUUGGCCAUGUACAGUGUUAAAGUAUGAAAGGGAAAAUAAAUACAGAUAUUGGUUGUAUUUUCAAUGUUUGUGCUCCUCUGGUUAGCCUUUUGUCAUGGCAACGGGCCACAAAUCUUACUACUGAUGUCACACUGGCAUUUUGCCUAACAGAUAUGGGACUUUAUCAAUGUUUUGAUUUGUUUUCAAAGUCUUUAUGGGUUUGUGUUCUGUGGGGAAAUGUGUCUCUAUUGUGGUCAUACAUUUGGCAGGUUAGGAGGUGUAGCUCAGUUUGUACUUCAUUUUGUGGGCAGUGGACACAGGCAGACGUGGCUCUCGAAGACAGCGAGGCUAUGGUCAGUCUGUAGACAGUCAAGGAUUUUCUUAAUUUGGGGUCAGUCUAUGGUCAGGUAUUCUGCCACUGUACACUCUGUUUAGGGACAGAUAGCAUUCCAAUUUGCUCUUUUUUUUAUUAUUGAUACUUUCCUGUGUCAAACAGUUUAUUUUUGCUUUCUCAAAAUUUGGUUUGGUCUAAAUUUGUUUCUGUCCUGGGACUCUGUGGGGUCUGUUUGUGAACAGAGCCCCAGAACCAGCUGGCUGAGGGGACUCUUCUCUAGGUUCAUCUCUCUGUAGGCUUUUUUGGACUUUUUCCUCUCGUGGACUUCAGGAGGAGUACAAGGCCAAGGGAAUCAUUGUCCAGAGUGUAGUGCCCUCUGUGGCCACCAAAAUGACCCGUAUCAAGAAGCCCACCCUGGACAAGCCCACCCCUGAGUCCUAUGUGGCCGUGGAGCUGAACACCAUCGGACUGCAGAGCCAGACGGCUACUUCCCCCACGCUGUAAUGGUUGGACUGCCCCCCCCCCUUUUUGGACAAGUCGAGGCCUGGCUGACCACUGUCCUGGUGCCUAUUAACUUGGUCAUCUACUUCGGGGCCAGGAUGAACCGAGCCCAACGCACCGGAUACCUGAAGAGGAGGAAGCUGAGGGAACUGGCCAGCCAGAGCAAUGGGAAGAGUGACAGGCUGAAGAGCGAGUAAAACCAACUCCAUAGCAACAAAUGGAGACUAGAAGCUGACCAUAGAACUUCCAUUCAACUACCCUGGACUGUGUCUGUGUUGAUCAGCCCCCUCCAGACGUUUCACAUUGUUUAGUUUUAGCCAUAAACUGGCACACCUGAUUCCAUUAGUUGACUAAUGGUGUCAGGUGUGCCAUUUUAGGGUUAAAACCAUGUGAAACGUCUGGGGAAGCCUGAUUUAGAGGGUUGGGCAAUGCUGCAUUAGAUAAUGUUGUUGAAAUUUCACUAUUUUUGUGUGUCACGAGUCCAUAUUGAUGUAACUUUAGCAAGUCUCUCUGAAUAAAGUGGUAACUGGCCACAGUGGCAGGAACAAAAUAAAUGAAAGGAAAAGGUCUUUGUUCUCGGCACAGGGAAUAGUUAUUUUUCUAUGUAUCAAAAAUGAAUUGGUGAUAAGAAUCUCAGGCACUUUACGAAGUUGUGUUUAUACGCUGUGGCUGAAAAGUGUACAAGUGAUAAUCUUAAUCCCUCCUGUCCUUGAUUCCUAAUUUCCUUAACACCUCUCUAAGCUCAUUGGAGAACAGGCUCAAAGGUCCCACCCCUCGAACCCCUUCCAAUGAGCUUCCAGAGGGAGGAAUCAAGAACCCGGAUAGUCAGUUGAUGGCUUGUAACGUUUCAGACCUUAGCCCAUGUAAGGAACUCUCUCCAGCCUCCGUUUGUCUUGUCUUGAGCUGAGUUGUUGUCUUUUUUGUGUGGUUGUUUUUGUGGAUUUGUUUUGUUUCCUAGUUCUAAGUUGUCCAACCGCAAUCUUGUAAGGUUGUUUUAUGGAUUUGAUGGAGGGAAACAAAAGUACAUUCUUUUCUCUCUUUCUCAUCCAGUUCAUGUUGGUUUUGGUCCAACGAGGGACUCUGGCACAUUGAAGUCCUUGUAUGGAGCUCUGAACGAGUGACCAUAAUAGUUGACAAGCUGACUACACGCUGUUGGCUUACAGCUCAUACAUUGUAUUGCAGAUACCAAAGAUUGUAUGUAUUAUAUUGUGCAAGAUUGCCUCUUUUGUACAACGAGCACAACUCUUUCUGACUGUGUUUGUAUGGGGGUUUUGACUGUGUUUGUAUGGGGGUUUUGACUGUGUUUGUAUGGGGGUUUGGACUGUGUUUGUAUGGGGGUUUGGACUGUGAGGGCCUUGGCUCUCUUUAUGCCUUGUUCAGACUUUAACCGUGGUGCCUUUUUUUAUAGAGUUUUCAGUGUGAAACUCCCCCAGUUUUACAUGAUCAGGGAUGUUGAGCAGUGAAUUGCCAUGAACUCCUGCUACUUUGCACCUGUAUAAUAUUCAGAACUUUGCUAUGAUUUAUAACAUUGCACAGUAUUUUUUUUAAUGUGCUCUGUAGUUUCACUCAACUUUUUGUAUGAUUUCUGGGUAAUAUUAAUGAACAUGUACUAUGCUGUUUUAAAAGGGAUUCAAAUGCUAAGUUUAUAUUCCUUGUGUUAAAAGAAAAAAAGUUUAUAAAACAUGGCGUAUGCUUUU